UACAGUUUUUUUGUGGGCGUUCCCAAAGCCACAGCUCUUCCAGUCUCUAUCAGACUGGCCUGAGGGUGACAGUGGAGUGGUCUGGCUGCUGGAGGCUCUUAGUAAAGGGAAGUCUACUUGCUGCAAUAUGAAAGCCUUUGUGGGAGUGAGUGUGGUGUUUGGUCUGGCCCUGCUUGGACUAGGCUCUGCAAUUAAGUGUUACAGGUGUCGGGACUACACUGGCAGUUGCACUAAAACCCAUGACUGCAGGUUUGAGGACUCGUGCCUGACGCUGAAUGAAAGAGGUGGUGACACAUACCGGCAGUGUAUAAAGUAUUCGGACUGUGACUACGCCGUACUCUCGCAGAUGUUUCCACACGUCUCCAGUUUCUCAUAUAAAUGCUGCAGUUCUGACCUUUGUAACGGGGCCCCCAUGGCCACGGCCAGUAGCUCACUGCUGGGCUUACUGGUCUCCUUGGCAGUGUUGUGGUGGUGUGUCCUCUGAGCUGCCGUGCUCAUUCAAACCAAAUGCUGCCCCCGUCUGGUGCUGCUGUGCAUACCAAUACUAGGCUUGAGCGACUCCAAAACUAAACUCCCAUGUUUUUGGUGACCACAUGCUUAUUUAAUACUACAGCAUAAAUGCUUUAAGUUAGGAAAGGCACUGUGAAAAGUGAAACCAGAAUUGUCAAAUCACAUUUAGAUAGUGGUCACCUGCUGAUAUACAUAAUGUGACGUCAUAAUGCAGUUCUGAGGGGACGUUAGUCCUGUAUCUGUUUCUCUGCAUAUUUUUUGUUAGCCUCCUUUUAUCUGUUCUUCAAUGGUCAGGACUCAACAGGACCAACGCAGAGUAGCUAUUAACUGGGUGGUGGAUUAUUUUCAGCACUGUAGUGAUGCUAACAUGGUGGUGGUGUAUAGGGCUGGGUAUCAUUUAAUUUUUUUUUGAUAACACUUUUUUCUAUACCUUUUUUCUAAAUUGCAACCAAAAAAAAUACAUAAAGCGAUAAUUAUUCUCAAACAAUGUAUUUAUUUAACAGCUGACAUGAGUAAUCUAAUUCUCAUACUUUCACCAUGAGAUGCUCCACAUUUUUAGCUCUUGUUGGAACAAACAAUGAGCAUUUUUGUGGUGCUUUAUUAAGAACAAAAACAACAGCAUUACUGCAUACUGCUGGAUGCAUUUCAGUUUUUAGGAAAUAUCAGCAUUAGAUUGGCCAAAUUAAAUUAUAUGUCAAUCACUUAAAAAAUCAUGAAAAUCAUGAUUAUUUUUUUAAGUGCUGGUAUUCUCCUGUAUUUUUGUGGGGGAGUUAUCAUAGUGUAGUGUGGUUUAGGUGUGGCAGACCUUUUUUACUGUAUUAUAAAAUAUGAAGAAGACUGUGAGAGAAAGAGAGAGAGAGAGAGAGAGAGAGAGAGGAAGACUGCAUGAGAGAGAGAAAAAGAGAGACAGCAGGAAUGAGAUAAAACAAAUGAGCAAAGGAGAGACAGCACAAGCACCUGAGAGUUUUAAGCACAGUGGCGAUGUGUUGACAUAUAAAAUGAUAAGCAUUUCUGCAUGCGCUUUUUUCCGCAGUACGCACUCUCCCCGCAUUUGGUAAAUUUAUACCCAGCCCUAGUGGUUUAUGAGGUGUUAGUGUGUGUUAUGCUGGUACAAGUGCAUCAGAAACAGCAUUGCUGUUGGAGUUCUUAAACACUGUUCACUUACUGUCCACUCUAUCAGACAUUUCUACCUAGCUGUUCCACCAAGUACACGUAAAGUCAGACAGAAGCUCAUCUGUUGCUGCACAGGACAUGUGAAAAUCGUACUUAUGACUUUAGAAUACGUAUUGGUCGACAAAAACAAAUGACUUGAAGGCAGCAUCCCUCCAGCAAUGACACUGAGGAUUACUGUAUCUGAUUCACUCAUACCAGCACAACACACCCUACUAACACACAACCACCAUGUCAGUGUCACUGCAGUGCUGAGAAUGACCCACCACCCAAAUAAUAGCUGAUCUGUGGAGAUCCUGACCACUGAAGCAGAACAGGGUAAAAUGAGUAUAAUAAAGUAUGCAGAGAAACAACUUGUCAGAACUAAAGUCAGCGAGUGUAGAAAUGAGGAGGUGGUCGUAUUUUGUAUGAUAUAAAUGUGAAUAUGAAUUUGGGGAUUGCUUUUCUCACUUCAGCUUUGUCUGUAACUAAAGCCAAUGAAGAUGAUUCUUAGAUGGGCUCUUGUUUAUUUGACUAAAGCUCUUAAUAACUUGAGUGAACAGAAACACACUCCAAAAGACCACCUAGUUGUUAUUUCAGGGUAUUUCAGGUGUGGUUACCUACACUGGUUGCCAUUCUUCUGCCACUGAUUUUCUGAGUUGCAUUCAGUGUAUGCAAGGAUGAUUUUGUUAUCUGUGAGGAACAGAGGAUGGGGAAAAAAUAUUUCUUUAAAGAUACUUCUGAGGUUUUGACUCAUGUUUCAGUCUUUAUGGCCAAGAAAGAGACUCCAGGUCUGAACUGUUUUAAAUGAGAAAAGUGAAUGCUGAAAUAUCUCUAAACAUUUUUAUAUAUAUUUUGUCUUGUGUACAUGUUUUUUCACCAAAAUUCGAACUGCAUCCUCCCAAUUACGUGUAAAAGUUUGUUUUUGUAGUCAGAAUUUAAAUAAUGCUACUAGCAAGCAAUUCGUCUACAUAUUAAAGUGACAGUCUGUAGGUUUUGGGCAUUUGGGGAUUUUUAGAGACUCCUCUGGUGAGAAUGUGUAAUUACACAGAGCAGUUAGAAAAAUACUUUUAAUGCAGGUUAAUUUAAAUAAAUUGUGAAAUUAUGUGUUUUUGUGUCUAUUGUUUGGUUCAAUUUUUAACUUAUGAAAUUCUGUCAAAAUGUAAAGAGCAAUUUAGUCCAACAAACCUACUAAACCACUCUGUUUAUAGAAUUAAUAUAUUACACUUUGUAGGGAUGGUCGUGCCAGGACACUGAUACCAUGAAUUAAAAUAUUUUUUUAUCUAUUUUAACUCUGAUAGACAUUAUAUAAAAAAGCAAGGUUAGUACUAUAAGGAAAAAAAUGUACACAGGACAAAUGUAAUGAAUAUGAAACAGUUCUGUUUACUACUGCAGUAUUCAUUUCUCUCAGAGAAAUUAAACUCGUUAGAUCAGAGUUUUUUUAUAUGGCCAUGAUAUUGACUACAAUAAAACAACUUGUCUUCAGUGGCCUAUUUAAGGCUGUAUUAAAUGAUCACUGCCAGCUCUAAGCUUUAUCAACGCUGGCCUUUUUGCACUGUAAAAUAUUUUUUGAUCUGUACAUUUGAGAAUGUUACUAACUAGUACACAAUAUGCUUUUCAACUGAUCAAUGAAAUUACAUUAAUAUGCUAUGAGAGAUUAUUUAUUUUGUUUGAGAGACAGAAAUGUGCAAGUUGGGCUCUUCCUGUUGUACAAAUACUGGACUUUGGCAUCGGAUCAUCUAGCAGGAAGAAGUUAUUAAAAACGGGUUAGGACUGUUAUAUAUGGAAAUCAUGUAACAUCCAUUUCCAUGUACAUUACUGCUGUCUUAAUGUAUUAAAUAUCCAUGAGCUUUCAAUGUUAAGGUAAGAGGGGAUUUUAAUAUGCUUUAUAGAAAAUGCACAGAGCUGACUUGGCUCAACAUCCUGUUUUCAGACAUUUUAACCUAACUGUUAUUUAUGUGAAAACGCUUACUAUUUGUGUGUGUAUCCAAUAAAGUCGACCAUAUAAAACAA